AUGGUCGUCAUCUACGUUAUAACAAAACUUAAGAAUAUUUUGGUGGACAAGCCCAAUGAUCAGUCCUCAAGAUGGUCUUCAGAAAGCAAUUACCCUCCCCAGUAUUUGAUUCUGAAACUUGAAAGACCAGCCAUAGUCCAGAGUAUCACAUUUGGCAAAUAUGAGAAAACUCAUGUCUGCAAUUUAAAGAAGUUUAAAGUCUUUGGUGGGAUGAAUGAAGAAAACAUGACAGAUCUCUUAUCCAGUGGCUUAAAGAAUGAUUAUAACAAAGAAACAUUCACCUUGAAGCAUAAAAUUGAUGAACAGAUGUUCCCCUGUCGAUUCAUUAAGAUAGUUCCACUCUUAUCCUGGGGACCUAGCUUCAAUUUUAGUAUCUGGUAUGUUGAACUUAAUGGCAUUGAUGAUCCGGAUGUGGUCCAACCAUGCCUCAACUGGUACAGCAAGUACCGUGAACAGGAAGCCAUUCGUCUUUGCCUAAAGCAUUUUCGUCAGCACAACUACACUGAAGCUUUUGAAUCGCUGCAGAAGAAAACCAAGAUUGCUCUGGAGCACCCUAUGUUGACAGACCUGCAUGACAAACUAGUACUGAAGGGAGACUUCGAUGCUUGCGAAGAACUGAUAGAAAAAGCUGUGAAUGAUGGCUUAUUCAAUCAGUACAUCAGUCAACAAGAAUACAAACCUCGCUGGGGGCAGAUUAUCCCCAAAAGCACCAAAGGUGAUGGAGAAGACAGCCGACCAGGGAUGAGAGGCGGUCAUCAGAUGGUUAUAGAUGUUCAGACAGAAACUGUUUAUUUGUUUGGUGGCUGGGAUGGGACACAGGAUCUGGCUGACUUUUGGGCAUACAGCGUGAAGGAAAACCAAUGGACGUGUAUAUCCAGAGAUACCGAGAAAGAGAGUGGUCCUAGUGCCAGAUCUUGUCACAAGAUGUGUAUUGACAUUCAACGAAGGCAGAUAUAUACACUGGGACGCUAUCUGGAUUCCUCCGUGAGGAACAGUAAAUCUCUGAAAAGUGACUUCUAUCGCUAUGACAUUGACACAAACACAUGGAUGUUGCUAAGCGAAGACACUGCAGCGGAUGGAGGGCCAAAGCUGGUGUUUGAUCAUCAGAUGUGUAUGGAUUCUGAAAAACACAUGAUCUACACGUUUGGAGGUCGAAUUCUGACCUGUAACGGCAGUGUUGACGAUAGCAGAGCCAGCGAACCGCAGUUUAGUGGAUUGUUUGCUUUUGACUGCCAGUGUCAGACAUGGAAACUUUUGCGAGAGGAUUCCUGUAACGCUGGACCCGAGGACAUCCAGUCCCGAAUAGGACACUGUAUGUUGUUCCAUUCUAAAAAUCGCUGCUUAUAUGUGUUUGGUGGCCAGAGAUCAAAGACUUACUUGAAUGAUUUCUUCAGUUACGAUGUAGACAGCGACCAUGUGGAUAUCAUAUCAGAUGGCACUAAGAAAGAUUCGGGGAUGGUUCCAAUGACAGGUUUCACUCAAAGGGCUACCAUUGAUCCAGAAUUGAAUGAAAUCCAUGUCUUAUCAGGGCUCAGUAAAGACAAAGAGAAGUAGGAAGAGAAUGUUAGGAACUCUUUCUGGAUUUAUGACACUGUGAGGAACAGCUGGUCUUGCGUCUAUAAGAACGACCAAGCAGCAAAAGAGAAUCCGGGUAAAAGCCUCCAGGAAGAGGAGCCCUGCCCAAGAUUUGCCCACCAACUGGUGUACGAUGAGUUGCACAAGGUUCAUUACUUAUUUGGAGGGAAUCCUGGCAAGUCCUGCUCCCCAAAGAUGAGAUUAGAUGAUUUCUGGUCUCUGAAGCUCUGUCGACCUUCAAAGGAAUACCUGCUAAGACACUGCAAAUACCUCAUAAGAAAGCACAGAUUUGAAGAAAAAGCUCAAACUGACCCCCUUAGUGCACUGAAGUACCUACAGAAUGAUUUGUAUGUAACUGUGGAUCACUCGGACCCUGAGGAGACGAAAGAGUUCCAGCUUCUUGCCUCAGCUCUGUUUAAGUCUGGCUCAGAUUUCACCACUCUUGGCUUUUCAGAUGUCGAUCACACUUACGCGCAGAGAACUCAACUGUUUGAUACACUAGUCAACUUCUUUCCAGACAACAUGACCCCUCCCAAAGGCAACCUCGUAGACCUCAUCACGCUGUAACAGAGCAAUCACUGGACACGUGGAAGAGGGGAAAAGCAUCCAUUUUCAGUAUUUUAAUUUUUUUACUGCGUUGAUUGACUGCUGGGAUGAAGUAAUAUAGUAACCCCUAGGUGUUUGAAAGGGGUUUUAUACUUGUAUGGUGAAUCCCUGAAGCUUUUCCCUUGGAGUAGGUUAAUAAAAUGUAACUGACACACUUCCGACUAAAUAUAUAUAUAUUUUUUCUGACUUUGACUUUUGAGUUGGCAAACGUAAGAAACAAGUAGGGGUGGCGGGGAGGGGGGAAGAGAGAAUAAAAAGCAAUCAUACCGUGAUCGUUUUUGCCUGUAAAGGAAAACGCUGAGAUUCGUGGGUUGUCUGGAAUUAAAGAUGAUAGGUUUUUAUUUUGGGUUUCUUGGGAAAGGGGGGUGGUUCCUUUCUCAUUUGUAGUUAGUCAUGAUAUAUUGCUUUAUCCUACAACUUCAUCCUCAGCAGCUGAAUAACUUGGCAGCAGGACCCUGGCGUGUGUUGAGGUAAUAAUAACGUACGCCUUGAGUCUUGUAAUCGCAGUGUGUCAUGUGAAGGGGAGCAUAUGUUACAAGACUUUCCGUCCUCUAGGCUGAGAACUGGGCUGACAGUGGUGUAUAAUUGCAUUUGAUAUCCAGUCCAGACCUAAAUGCCUAGCUUGCACUCUCUGCAGCCUUCUGCUUAGAGCUGAUAGUCAAGUGGAGACCUCGGAGAAGCCUUUAGAAAACGGGAGCACAGGAGUUGUCUGCACAGGCCCCUUCUCGGGGAUUGUUCCGUUUCACUGCUGUGCUCUUCUGGCGCGAAACCUCACGGGUCCUUGCAGAGUUUUGCAGACCUGGGUCUUCCGUGCACGCGCUGAACCUCUGCCACCUGACUCCAGGUUGAGUGUACAAUUUCUGAAGCACAUUGUCUUCGUUUGCAUACGUGUAUGCUUCUGCGUGUGCGUUUGUCAACGUGUACACGUGAAGAGGAUUGUUCCAAACAGCUUGUCUCCCUUCUCUGUAGUGCAGCUCAUUCACUUUUUUAAAUGCGUUUUAGACGUAGCUCUAGAUAUGAGGGAGGCCUUUUUAGCAUAAACCUCUUUAAAAGCAAGCUGAUGCAUAUGUAUAGAAAAAAUAUUCUUCCUUUCUGAAAACCUCCUUUACAAAGAAGGUAAGGGCUUGGUGCUGCACUGUGAAGAGGAGUUGAAGGAUACGAGCACUCAGCAUUAGCAACUGUUUGCGUUCAGUGUCAGUAAGCAUUCAAACUGACUUGAUGUAAAUAUUUAUAUCAAACUGGGAAGCUUUAUGUCCAGAAACAUUUGUGCUGGUAGGGGGUAUCAUUGUUGCACUCACUAUGGCUACACAAAUCCUGUUGAACACGAUGGAAGUCUUGUGUGUGCAAAGGUUAUUUGGACUCUUUAAAUAAAGAGGUAGUGAAGUGUCUUUCUCAGAGCUUGAGUGUCUGCUUGCUUCGAUUCCAUUGCCUUCCCUUUUUAUCAUGUUCUCUGUGCAACAUAUAUAGUUUUAGUACAUUGAAAAUAAAUUUAAAAACUAUUAUUAGCAUUUAAUCACCUAGAGAGGAACAAUAUGUUAGAGGUUGGGCUUUGCUUUUUCUUCAGGGAGGACUAUACAAAUACAGUGCUUCUAAGUAACCUGUAACUUAAUACUGUUUAGAAAUUGUAUACUUCAGUGGAUAGCAAAUCCAUUGUCUGCGGAAGACUCUGUUGAGUACAUAGUGCAGUACCUGAAAUCUGAUUGAAUUGUUUCUUUGAAACAUUUUUUUUUUUCCAGGGACAUGGAAAGUUUUACGUCACUGCUAGGUUUUAUGGUGUGCUACCUUUGACACUCUGUUAACUAGUUAAAGCAGAGCUUAUGAUAUGAAUGUAGAUAUUGGUGGUGCUCACCUUAGGAGUAUUCCAGCUGAGGUGGUGUUUCCACUGAGAUCGAACUGAGCACUUUAGAUACAACCAACCAAAAUACUGCUGUCCUCCCGCUCCUACUUACAGUACUGUUGUGCCCCCUUAUCACUCGCUCUCACGACCUGUGUACUCUUUUUCAACUUCAGUCAGAUGAUCGGCUUUUUUUUUUUUUUUAAUUAUUUCUUUUUUUGCAGCAGCUUUCCAAUCAACCAGCUAAGCUCUUUGUAAAGUUUUAUUUCUUACAACUAUGUGAGGCUGUAACCAAAAGAAACAGCUAGCUUGAGAAGCAGUGGAAAAUAGUGGAAGUUUAGGAAUACCAAAUGCUUUGUGAAUAGUGUUGCUACUGAGCAGCGCAUCACUUUAGGCUUGGUUCGCAUUUUAGAAAUUGGAUCAAAAUACGUUGUUCUCCAGAUUAGGUGUGCAUGCAGGGCUUGGCAGCCUGGUCCAGAUUUUGUAGCAUGGUGUAGCUGAAUUGCUUAUAUAAGAGCUAGGCAAACAUUACUUCUGUAGCAGUGAUUCCUAGCUAAUGAGAGCACUUUGGGAUGACCAAAUAUUGACCUACCUUCAUCCUGAGCCGAAUCGAUUUCGGCUCACCCCAGUACGGUUUAUGGGUUAAAACUGGUGAUUAACCAGCAGAAGCUGCUAUUUGCUCUGCUUCAGAGUAUUUGUUGAACAGCAGAGGCACCCUGUGGCCAGAGAGGUUAAUCUAAAGCUAAGACUUCUUGUGGGUUUGCCAAGGGUAUUCAUUCGUUCCGUAUCCUUAAAGCUAGGGGUCAGAAUUAAAUAACUUUUCUUUACCUUGGUAUGUACGAUACUAUCUGAUUAAACAAAACAAAAAGCCACACACAAUUAAAAAUCCUGAGCAGUCAGGUAUAAAUUUCCUUUUAAAAUUAGCCAUUAACAAGCUGUUACAGGGACUGUGUGCUGAAUUUAUUUACAUGCAGAUUUGAACAUAUUGGUGAUAUUCUAGGAAUGUAUUAGAUAUUAGCAUUAUGGAAAUGCUGAAGUACAAGCAGAAAAGAAAUACACUUGAUCUGAAAACAGCCACUUGAAAAUGGUUCAUAGCACAGUGCAUGCGAUGUUAUAAAUACACAGGCUAUACCUGAGAAGUAUUAGAACCUCACCUUAUGGCUUGGAAACUGUAGCAGAGUCUACUUUCUUAGCUUAAAAGAUGACUAAUGUGUAUUAUAUUUGCAGGGCACCCUCUGUAUCAGUUUAUUACUGCAUAAUCAUUGCACUGCAGUAGUUUAUCUCUAAGUAGUACAUUAGCUUGUAAAUAAGGCACUGUAAAAGAAAGCAUCGCUACUUGUCAAAUAGGUACUGGUUUAUUAUGACGGGGGGGGUCUUUAAAGCCAAAAUUACAAGGUUGUAUGUUUUAUAAAGCUGUAGGAAGCUGGGAUGGGAUAAAUUUCGUAGAGACGUAACAAGACUUAGAUCCUCAUUCAGCUUUUUAAAAAUUCUUUUGAGAUUGAGUUGAUCUUCACUGACACUAGCCUUCAGAGUAGUUGUCUUUACACUAUGGUUCUGAUCAGUAGAUCAGCCUUUUGGAAAACUUGAAAGUAUUCUUUAUGCAAAGUUGUUCCCAUGAAGUGACAGACCUUCCUUGAGAAAUCAAGCCCUUCAGAUUUGAUUUUCAGUCUCUUGGAUUAGGCAGAAUUAAGUGACUCUCUUAACGUUUUUCUUGUGCAACGCCUCAUAGUGGUCAGAGGCGGAGAUCCUUAAGAGUUCUUCCAAAAUUAUUUCUGUGAGCAAGUACUGCUAUGGUGACAUGACUUAUGUUGUUUCAGUGUCAGAUGGCAGAAGGAUCUACUUAGAUGUUGUUACAAAUGAGAAGACUAGCCACUGCCUUGCUCUUUUCUUGGAGGAUUUCUUUUGGUAGUGUCACUCCUGGGGAGAGCUGAAUAGUGUUGCAAAGUGCUUAUUGAAAUUAGUUGUUUUUUUAGUCUGUUCUGGCUCUUGUAAAGACGCGUUUGUAAUGCAAGUUAUAGGUCUCUUCCUCUUGCUGAGUAUAGUGGGGAAUGAGAACUUUGCCUCAAAAAUGUUAACUGGGUUUUGGUUCUGUUUCCCUGUGAUUGCUCUGGGUGCCCACGGAUGCAAGUUAGCUCUUGGGUCAAGCUGUUUGUUCCUGCUGGUGGACUGAUUGGCAGAGUCACGUACUCAUUUUGAAAAAUUCAUCUGUGAAGACACAAUUGGAACGCCUUUGUCUCUGGGGUAUUUGCCUUAUUUGGUAGCAGCAAGAGUGAAAUUAGGAAACUUUCCUAAAGAAUCAAUUAAAGCUUCAUUUGUAUGAAGAUUGUACUGGAAUAAGGACAGUGACAGACUUGAAAGGUUCAUUUGGAUUGCUGAAUCCUUUUGGUCACUAAUUAUUAUAACUCAGCCUGAAAGUUGUAAUGCUUGAGGAGUUUGUUAUCAAAUGGAUGUGAAACCCGUAUUUUCCAGGAGGGUGGCAUCUUGUUAGAGGCAUGGGACUAGUAGCAAAGGAUCACCAUAGCUUGGCGUGUCGUAAACCGCACGUGUAGCAGUCUCCGUUGGCUCUUUUUUCUUCCAGAAUAGUCACCUUCCGAAACAGAAUAACUUAUGGACCAGUGUUUUCCUUAGGGGCUUUGUGGAAGAGCUGAUUUUUUAAUUACUUUCCUGAUGUGCAAAUUCUUAGAAGGGAGUUUUCUUUGUCACAAAGUCAUACACCAAUCCUGCCCUGCCCUGCAAACUUGCACUUGUGGGUGCUACAGGCAAUGAGUAGUAAACUGAGCAGUGUUGUGGAAGAGGCGGGAAAAAAAAUUGCGUCUUAUAUACUUCUCUUAUUGUAAUAAAAAAAACUCCUAUCCAGAAUUAGUGUUAAUGUUGCUUGUUUUAAAUACAGAAAGGUAGCAGGUACCUGUUACACUAACACUGCUAAUUCUCUUGGUACUGCCUGUAUUUCAGAAUUGGGAAGGAAAUACUUUGAUGGAUUUUAUUGAAUGAACCUUUUAGUAUGGACUAGCUCCGUGCAGCCUAAAACCUGAAUGCUUUUAUAUCUUGGUACAUGCAGUAAUUUUGUUGAUGCGAUGCUGUGCUUCUUUUGGGGAAAUGGCAAAAAAUGGUUAGCUGCUUUUCCAUUUGGUACCUUUGUGUUUGGAAGUUGAAAAAUGUCUUGUAAAAAUUUGAGUCCUUGUGUCUCCUUUCAAUUUUAGCUUAUUAGUUACGGUAGCUCAGAGUUAAGGAACGUUUAGCUAUUGUCAAGAGAAAGUCCUGACAGUAAAAUUAAUGUACAUCUCCUGAAGUGCUUGUACUGUUGUAUAGCUGUAGUUUUGAUAGAAACAGAGGUGGACCCAGUUAUAAAACUAAUGUUCUCACUAAGGAAAGAAUUCUAAAAACUCUGAAGAUCUUGAUUUGGCCAGUAAUAGUAAGUACACAUGGUAAUUUGGAGACAGGUCUUAUUUUGUGAAAGGAGAAUUGAAGGAGAACUACAUGACUUGCAGUGUUGUAGUACGUAAGCCAUAAGUACCGAUGAAAAACGAGUAUAAAUAUACUAUCAGACAAGGAACCAGAAGCUUUUUAGUAUUUAUAAACAGCUAAUGGGUGCGGUAGACCUUCUAGUCAUAUCCUGUCAUGGAAAAGGUUUUGCUGGAAACUUGUUCGAGUUAGGGGAAUGAGUUACAGGCAAAACCUGUUUUCCUGAAAGCUUCCAUUAUAAUGAAAACUCAGAGCAGAAAAUAAGUCUACUGCAGUGGACAGAUUAUAACAGUACGUGGUUCAGUGCUUGGACAAACUGACUCCAGCUGCCUCCACCUGUAGGUCAAAGAUCCAAAAUCAAUUUUAGAAUGACUGUGGUGACCGCUUGAGAGAGUCCCUCUGGAAAUUGUCACCGUUCCUGCUAGUAGGCAUACGUUUGUGGAGUGCUUAAGGACGAGGGGUUGCGUACAAUUCCAGUUAGGUCUAGAGGUUUGCAAGGCAGCACCUUCCACAAGCACAGUUCCUAAAAGAAACAUAUCGCUGCUGUCUCCUUUGCUUUCAUAUGUUUGAACUCAAUAUGUCAAUGUGGUGAGCUCCGAAUACUUUUUUACCUGCUGUGACCCAAAUUCAGUGCUCUGCUUCUGAAUAUUUACAGCCACAGACUUGCUUAAGCUGCUGUCAGUGUAUCACUUCAGUACCCUGAAGUCUUAAUUUAGACAUGGCAGAGACACAGGUAUGUGUUUGUCUUCGCUUCCAGCUGUGUUUGCUGUAAGGCAGCACAGCUUAUGCUGACAAACUGGAGACUGUGAGUAUUUGAGUGCUGUCAGAAUUCAGUUGGCUGAACGCAGCUCUAGUGUGACAUUGCAGUUCAUUCCUGGAAAAAAGCGAGGUGAGAGAAGAGUUCAAGACUUGCUCUACCAGGCUAUAUUUGUGGUUUUGCUACUAGUCUCAAAGGCAGAUCUGUUGCUAGCACAUACGGUGUCUAGCACGAUGAGCAAAACGUGGUCUCUGGAUGUUCCCCAGUUCCCCCUGACCUGUUCUUUCCCUGUGGGACUAUUUAUUACUGUUGAAAUGGACUGUGCCAUUAGAUUAGAUUCUUUUGGGGAAAUGGCAAAAAAUGGUUAGCUACGUUUCCAUUUGGUACCUUUGUGUUUGGAAGUUGAAAAAUGUCUUGUAAAAAUUUGAGUCCUUGUGUCUCCUUUCAAUUUUAGCUUAUUGGUUACGGUAGCUCAGAGUUAAGGAACGUCCUAAGCUUAGAUGUCCUAAGCUUAAUGGAAAAUCUUUUUGAAGAACCAAAGGAGACUAGAGCUGGAUGGUGGUUAUGAGGCAUCAGGUUCUCUCUGUCAGAUCAUUGUACUCUAGCCUCUUCCUUGCAGAACUCCUUAGUGCUGCCCUGGAAAGGGUCAGGAGGGGAUCUUUGCAAAUUGUGUCGCCCUCCCCAAGGGCCGUUCCUAAGGAAGGGGCGGGGGCCUGUGGGUGCUGAUUUCUAGCAUCAGUAAGGUGUGCUGUCAGCACAAGGCUUUGCAGCGUGCAUCUGGUUAGUUGGGCCCAUCUGUGAACCCAAGGUUUGGGGCUGCAAUAAGCCUUCCCUCCUGAGUCUGAGCAUGGUCUAUUUUGUGUAGCACCAGGGGUGUAAUACUUGCUUGACAGAAGAUGAUGAUACCUGCCUUCUAGUUCAUCCACAUUGUCCUGAUUUUCCACCACUUGAUUUCAUAAUUCCAAAUCUUUCACCAGGGAAGACAAACAGCUAGUAGCUGAGGUGUUUAAUCUAUUUCUACAGUGUAGCAGUACAGAGGAAAUAGGAGAAGAUACAGGCUUUGAAAGAAAGAGGUGGUUGGUCAUAUGAGCAUAUGUUUAAAAUGCGCUGUGUCUUAUGUGGAAUGACUUUGAAGGCUCUCUCAUUGAGCAGCUCUGCCAUGAAGAGCUGACUGCUUCAUGCAACCUGGAUUCUCUAGCUCCAUUUCAAAUGGAACUGAUGCAAGACCAAUGUUUUCAAGGCCUGGAGCUUUGCCUUGGGCCUUGGCCCUUCCCACCACACAGGCAUGAAAAGGAGGUGUUGAGGAUGUUGCGCACACUUCUUGAAGAUUUUUUUUCCCCCCCCACUUCCUCUGCUGCAAUGGCAAAGAAGCCAACUGGUUUUAAAGCUAUUAAAAUAUAUUAAAGGCUGUGCAGCAUAAUCAACUGUCAGAGCAGAACUGGCAAUCCUUAAAAGACGUAGAAUCUAAAAAUGUUCCAAGAUUUCAAAUGACAGUUGCUAGUGGCAUUGAGAGUGUCAAUCUUAAGGGAACUGUGGUCACUACGUAAUGUGGAGGGAAGGCUAGACCAAAACAGGGGCUCCAAUGGUUGUAGUCUUCCCAACUUUCCAGGCACCAACGGACAAGUUUUUCUUGCCUGUGAUGAGAAAACACACUUUUUAAAUAUCUUGACUUAGUAUGUAGUCACCCAAGGGGCUGAAUGAAUUGCUGCCGGUGUUUUGCUAAAUAGAGAAGUACUGCAGCAUGCAAAGAGGGCCUGUUCAUUGGAUAAUCAAUCUACUUUAAGAGUGAAAGAAGAUUUUUCUUUUUAGUCUUGACAGAAAAGCUCAGCUGUCAUAAGGAGAAAAUAGUUUUAUAAACCUGUACUCUCUCAAUUUACAAGUCAACCGCUUCACAGAAAAGAGUCUAGACUGAACAUCACCUGAUCUUUCUACGUCUGUUUAUCCUGCAAUAAUUUGCCCUAGUCAAAAGAUGACAGCCUGCUUUGCUUCCCCAAGCAGCGUGGCCCGUGCAGAGACAUUUCGAAUUAAUUGCUUUGCAUGCAAAAUUUGACAAAAGCAAGAUUUUGGGGGGAAUGGAGAGCUUAUAUCGGAUAAAGACAUUUACUUUUUUUUUCUAACCGUGGAGGGUAAUUAUUGUACAACCAACAGGAUUUUUCCCGCCUGUCUGCUGUGGUAGUUGGAGAGGCAAACCGGCAGUGAAAGCAUAAUAGUAUUUCCUUUCUUUCUUCCUCAUCGUUCUUGUCCUUUCUCCCUCUGUCCCCCUAGUUGAUGUUUGGAUGUGCGAAAUAUUUUCUCUUCUGGAAGCGACUGGUCUGGGUGUUGGAAAACAAAACAACCCCCGGAAGCUGUUGCAAUUUACCAAAGCUGUCUUUUUCUGCUAUGCCUUCCCUGUGGUUGGAAAUGGGAUGCUGAGGAGGCUUGAGUCAGAGAAAAGAGCUUAAUUAUACAAACAGAUGUGUUCACGGGAGACUUAAGUCGUGGAGGCCCCAAACCUUGCAGAACGGAUUGCCUCGGGGCAGACAACUAAAGCCAAUUGGGUCACUCUUAGGUGAUGGAAGGCAGCGUACCAGCACCUUGGGGGAAGGUGGUCAGGUGCAUCUCGGACAUUAAGAUCCUGAGGUGCAAUGUGCCUCGUUUUAGAAGCAUCAGGGAAUCCUGGUGAAUUUUUUCCCUUUGAACAUUGUACUUUGAGCCUUCUAAAGCAAGGUGUCUCUAGUGGAUGCUUUGAUUGUUUCGACAGGAUCCCGAUAGCUUCUUCUGUGACUGGAACCUACGCGGUUGUAGAAACUGCUUG